AUGUCUCUGCUGCCGAACGAAGCCCGCCAGUUUAUACGGUCCGCUAGUCACAGUGAAGAGAGUGCUAGCAACCCUAGCAGCACUAUUAAUGCGCACAACAGAAGCAGUAGCAUGGGCACCACAAAUGUGCACAGAGACAGGGGCAGUGGAGGAGGUUCAUUGGCUACCAUUGAAUCAAGUGUGACUAGAUUAUUAGUAUCAACAAAACAUUUACUCGAGAGUCUAACACUGUGGGCACGUCAGGAGUCCGACGAUAAGUUUGUAUCGGAUGCUUAUGUCAAGUUGGGGAACGACUUCCGUAGUGCUUCCAAGGCAUUCACUGGUGCUGGAAUCGAUGUUUCUGAUUUAGGCAAUGUUCCCCAACAACUAAGGGAGAUCCUCGAGGCAGCAUUAGGCGAGGCACCAAGUCAAGAGAAUCUCGAUAGAUUCUUGCCCAGCAUCCGUAACAUAAUUGUCACGCUACUUCAGAAUUUGAAACAGAAACAAUCACGAGCCCGAGAAAUGGCUAUCAGCAACAAUACCAAUACUACUACUUCCCAUCAAAGAAAGAGCAGUCUAGACUUCAAGUUGAGUUCUGGAAAGCGAAGACUGGAAUCUUUGCGUCCACACGAUGCUGGUGGUAGUGGUCAUACUUCAGCAUCUUCCAUUGCAAGUGCUAGCAGUAACGAGAACUCUUUAAGUAGUCACAGAUUACCUGGUGGUGGUGCUGCAUCUGCUGCGCCUACCGGAACUCGCUCUUCCCCUGCCAAAUCUCCUAUUAGUGCUUCCAAACCAGUACCGGAGAUUAACGUGGGACCUACUGCAGUUAAUGCUAACGCAGCAGAAGCUUUAUCACAAUUGCAAAAGGGUAACUUCCUACAACGGAGAGCUUCAAAGAGAUACAGUGCCUAUCAAUAUGCUAAACUAUCUAACCACACUCCCAGUGAAAUAGCAGAAACCUCCUUUGAAGACGACUAUACGAACGCAUCUACUUAUCUUCAAAGCCCAAAGCUUGAGAUUUCACAUCCUCAAGCUCAGCCUGAAAACACCUCUCUAGAUUCCUGUGUCAUAUUCCUUAAGAUCCACAACAAAGUCAAGAAAGUGGUGAUCAGGUUACCAGUUUCCUUUGCCGCGUUGCGUCUUUUGUUCGUGGAACGAUUUGCAUAUUCACCAGGUACGUCUACCUUUCCAGAGAUUUACAUCCUGGACCCAUCAACGGGCAUUGCAUAUGAAUUGGAAGAGCAUUUAUUAGAAGUUGAUGUGAAAGAUGGAAGUUUGUUGAGUCUAAAUAUUCCAGACCCUCUGCAAGAAGCUAUCAAGAGUCUUGAUGGUAAAAUUGAAGGUUUAGCUUUAAAAUUCGAGUCUGUUGGUAAAGAUAUUGUGGUUAAGUUGAAUGACUCAAUUAACAGAAUCAAUAUUACACCACAACCACAACCUGUCUCUUCAGAUGUCCACGCCUCAAGUACCACACUGGAAAAUAACAAGAAUCUAAAACUAGUCCUGCUGUUUUCAGAGCAUUCCAAGGAGCUCAGAUCAAUUGAGCAAGAUAUUAAAGUUGUAAGACAACUUCAAAACUCAAAUUCGGAUUCUAUGAAGAAUUCACUUUUGGAUAUUAUAGAAUCUGUGAAGAAGCUAAAGGAUCAAGGACUUGCUGCAUCUAAAUCAUCAAAUAGAGCAUACAUUGAAACAUGCUAUGCCAAAUUGUCGGAUACGUCAGACAACCUAUUGACCCGAGUUGAUGAUUUACAAGAUUUAAUGGAUGCAAUGAGGAAGGAUGUUGCCCAACGCGGUGUGAGAGUCAGUGAACGCCAAUUGACAAGCACAGAAAAGGAAAUUGACCAAGUCAGAUUGAUGUUGGACAAGAUGAACAGUUAUAUUUUAGAUGAAAAGGACAAUUGGAAGAGAAUAUGGGAACGUGAAUUAGACAAAGUUUGUGAAGAGCAACAAUUUUUCAACUUACAAGAAGCUUUGACUAAUGAUUUGGACGAUGAUAUCAAGAAGAUUGAAGAGACAUUUGAUUUGAUUCAGCGUUGUUCUAUAGAACAGAACAAAGUUGGAACAUCAAAAAGGAAACCAUUCCUUACAUAUAUCCCGGAGCCAGGAGAAGUGAUUGAGGAUAUAAAGGAAGCAGUAUUGGAGGAAGUGACUGCUUUAAGGCCUAAUCACCAGAGUCGGGUUCAAGCAAUUGAGAAGGCCGAGAAGUUGAGAGAGAAACAGAAGGAGUUAAGCUCACUUAGUGAGUUUCAAGAGGAGUUAGGCACUUUUGUUGGCGAUAGUAGGUUGAAGAAAUCAGGUGGAAUAGACGAACUUGAACGUGUUCGACAAAUGAAAGACAGUGAAAAUCUAAAGAGCUCCUUUGGAGUGAUAUAA